AUGGCAUCUGAGCCGAUUCAAGUUUCUUUCCCCUUACCACGGGGAAUGGACACCAAGAUCCAUAUGCGCUUAACAGUUCAGUCAAAAGCUAUCCUCUUGUUCGUCACCACUGUGGCGGCCGAGGACUCCGAUAAGCCAGCUCCCAUGGGUGCAUUUGUCUACGCGUUGCCUGAUAGAUACAAUCCAGCCCAGCCUUUGUCGACGACAAUCUACUCAACCGAGGCAACGCUGGAGUUUACGACGCGUCUUGCCAAGUUAUUGGCCAAGAAGACAAACAUGCCCGUAUAUGUGGGAAACUCAAUUAGCUUUGCUAACACCGGCCUGGGCGGUUCUAUGGAAGAGGAGAUGGAGGCCUUUAAACAGGUCGUCACGGUUGCGCUUGGCAAGCUGCAGCCAAUCAUUCAAGCUGCAAACCCCGUUUCUAAUGGCGUAGAAGGCAACACAGAUAAAUAA